ACAAUUUUUUUUUAUAUAAAUAUGUGUUUUGAUUUACAGAUAAUGAAUGUAUUAUUCUUUUUUUUUUAAUUUGCAAAAAUAACUUCGUCGUCUUAGUAAUUGAUGUCUUUCUGGUGUAAUUUUCUUGCGCAUGCAAAAUGAUCAGAUUUUCACUGGGUUUCUAUGUGACGUCACACUAACCUAUUAAUUUAAUCUAUAGACUUAUUGUAUAACAGGAGACCAUACAGUAAAAUUUACAUUCUCGUAAAAGAAAUAUAUAUCUCUUCGUCUAUGCAGUUAGAUCUAGAUCUUGUAAGCAAAGAAAAAAAUGCGUGUUGAAAGUAGAUUUACAUGCAUGACUAAUGACGGCAGUGUAUAUUUUCUCGCCUGACCAACACACACAAACACUAUCGCUUGGUUGUCUUGUCAUGACCGACUACACGUAGUCUAGACUAGCCUUACACUGACCAGUUUGUUAGAAUCUGUCAGACAUAGUCACACACGAUCUAUUUACUUUUUAGGACAGGGAGGGGCUUAGUGAAAAUGUUACUUUUUUUUCUUGAGUUGGUUAUCCUUAUGCUUUUACAUCUCUCUCUCUCUAUAUAUAUAUAUAACUGUACCAUAGCUCUGGACUAGGCCGUCACUAAGCUUAACAGCUACCUAAGAAUGAAGCGAUACGAUUGAAAAUAUUUGUCCAUAAAUUGAUUAUGAGAAUAAAAGAAAUCUAAAGCCUUUCAGCAUUUCAGCUGUCAUCCUGAUGAGAAGUUCUUAGUGAUAAAAGAGAUCAUAUCUCUUAUUUAUUUUUAAAGAGAAAAAAUAAAGUAUUUGAAGUGACAGAAAAAAAAUGUCUGAAGUAAGAAGCUCAGAAAGAAGGAUAAGGAAAAGAAAGCAUGGUCAAUGCUUUCGUGAAGAAUGGCUCGAGGAUCCAGAGUUUAUGGACUGGCUACAACAGGAUCCAUUGGACAGCUCCUCUAGCUAUUGCACAUGCUGUAAGUCCCAUCUCAAGCAUGCUGACAGAAGCAUGCUUAUGGCUCAUAAACAGACAAUGAAACACACAAAUGCAAUGGCGGGUAUCCCUGUACCCACUCCUAAGAAUAUUGAGAAAAAAAUGCAGGAGGCAGAAAAUCAAGCCAUUGCUGAGCUGUUGAUUGCUUGUUACUUUACUGAGCACAGGUUACCUUAUCAUCAUGUUGAUGACCUUACGGCUAUUUGUAAAAGUGCAUUCCCCGAUUGUAAAAUAGCGAGAAAGUUAGCUUUAAAGAAAACUAAGCUAGCGUGCUUGGUGCAGGAUGGGAUUGCUUACCAUGAGAAAGAAGAACUUGCUGAAAUUUGCAGAACCCAGAAAUUUUCAAUAAUGAUUGAUGAAAAUAUAGAUAUGUCUGUUGGCAAUCUUAUUGCAGUUGUUGUUCGAUUUUUUGAUAUUCAGAAGUUAGAUAUAGUUGAUGUACUAUUUGACACUAUAUCUCCAGAUAAUGGUACUAGUGAAGACAUCUACAAUGCUGUUAAAAUGUUGUUUCUCAAUAAAAAUAUUCCACUUGAAAACAUAAUAGGAUUUGGUAGUGAUAACUGCUUGAAUGGUGUAUACAGUCUACUGAAAGCUGAAGUUCCAACAGUGUUUGGAAUAGGAUGUGACUGCCAUUCAUUUUCUUUGUGCUUUAAUUAUGCAAUCAAAAUGCUGCCAUCCUAUUUUGAGACUUUUCUACAUGACAUUGCAACUUACUUUGUUAACAAAGGGAAGCAACUUACAGACUUUGGAGUUAAUGUUGAUAUAGUUAACUCACUUCAAGAUAAAGUCCAAGAGUUGUCCUCCACAAGAUGGUUGUCUUAUGAGAAUAUAAUCAAUGUUAUUUUGGACCAAUGGAAUGUUCUGAUCAAUUAUUUUCAGAUUGAUUCAAAGACAGACAAUGUUGACACAUCUCUACAAAUCUACUCCACAAUGUUAACAAGGGGCACAAAGCAUAUGCUUCUGUUCUUGCAAUAUAUCUUGCAGAAAGUGAACGCUUUUAACACAGAAUUUCAGUCGGAUGAAUUCAGGCUUCACCUUUUGCACUCUUUAAUCUCACAGUCAUAUCGUGAUGUUCUAAGCUGUUUUAUUGAUGAUGAAGUUAUAGUGAAACACAAGCUUUCAGAGAUUGAUCCCUGUGACCUUAACAUUCACAAAAAACAUGAUGAUAUAUUCCUUGGUGGCAAAGCUAUGGCUCUUUUGUAUCAAGAGCCUUUGAAUGAAGAUACAGAGCAAUUUCUAACUAGUUGUUUGCAGUUCCUCAUUGAGCUAUCCAGUCAGAUCAAACAGAAUUUUCCAAUUCAGGAGACUGGUAUUGUUGCCAAGUUGAAUGUUUUAGAUCCACAAAUUGUUCAAAGUUUUAAAAAAUCAUCAACAGCUAUUACAAAAUUAGCCACUCACUUCACUAAUCUUAUUCAUCCAGAUCAAAUAAAGGACUUACUUAUUCAGUGGAAAGCUCUCAGAGCUUCUAAAGAGGCUUCCAGACAAUCCACGAGUAUUCCACAGUACUGGUACAUGCUACGCCAUAUUAAAGACUCAGCUGGUGUUCCGAAAUAUGACAUUGUUUCUGACCUGAUGACAAACUUGUCUGUUCUUCCCCACUCCUCCACAGCUGCAGAAAAAAUAUUUUCACAAAUAAAUAUGAUCAAAAUCAAGUACCCCAGCCCACUGAAGUCAGAAGCAGUCAAAGAUCGCUUAAUAGCAAGACAAAUGCUAGUUCGUAAAAGUGUCACAUGCUGCACUUGGGAACCUGGCAAGGAGUUGAUCAAAGAUGCAGUGGGUGGAGCAUGUCAUAAACGUUUUCAAAUGAGAUUGGAACUCUAUAGAGCUCUUUCUGGUGAUGAUAACCUUGACAUUGAAGAAUUUGAAUCAGACUAAACUUUAGCAAUGUUAACAAAGUUUAAGUUGGAAAAAAAACAACAGUAGAACAGUGGUGAUUUAAGAAAUAGGGUGUAUAUACAAAAUUUCAAGAUUAAACAAGCCUCCGCCCCAUUUUUAUUUAUUUAAAAAAAAAACUUUAGUUCUUUGCUAAUUCUGAUUUUAAAAAAGAAGUUGCAGUGAAUUUCAUUAUUAGUUAAGGGCAGUUUUGCAACUUUAUCUACUUCUAGAGUCUCCACCUUACUAAAAGUCAUUGUGACACUUUACUGUUGCUAUAUAUAUAUUAUAUAUGUUUUGAGCUAUUAAUGAUAAGUUUUCCUUUUUUUUUAAUCAAUCUCAUAUGCAGACACUUGCAAAGGACUUUACAUUAAAGUCUAGUAAUCUAAAAAGAAAAUCAAGAAAUGACUUUUUUACAUAAAAUCUUUAAAAUGUAAGCAUAAUGCUUAAAAUAGUCAUACAGAUAUCUUGCUCAAUCAAAUUUUAGAUUGUCUUUGCAAAAUAUUUACAGCUAAAAAUGUUUGAUACUUGAAUUCUUAUUUUGACAUUGAAAAUUGCAUCAGAAUGGCAUCAAAAAUGACCUAUAUUGUGACAGUCCAUUGGAUGGAUACUAAUCAUUUAUUCAUUAAAUCUUAUCUUAUAAAAUACUGACGUUACUUCAAAUAAUUGAUGAUUACAUCCUAUGCGUGUGGGGCUCUGUAUAGUAGCUAUAUUAUUUAGUAAAUUAAGGUAUGAAUGGAAGCAACAAAUUCUGAAGUAAACCAUCUCAUCUUUCAAUUAACUUAAAUUCUUUGUCAAAGCUUCUUAAAUUUGCUUUAGUUCAAAUCUUUACAAGUUCAGCCAAGUGUUUGGUUAUCUUUUUUUUUUUUGUUUGAAGUUGAAACAAUGUUGUAUUUUUAUUGAUGUGAUUAACUUUAUAUAUGUAAUCAUUUUUUCCACUGAGGCGGAAAAUGUUUUUGAUAAGUCUCUGGUAUCUGCAUUAGUUUUUACUGUAAUAGUAUUGUUUCCUGUCAAUCUUAAGUUUAGCAAUGCAAAAAGUUAGCAGACCUAAUGCUUUUGGUACAUUUAUGUUGCUUUAUAUUUAAUAUGCAAUUACUUAUAAUCUUUUUGUAGAAUAAAUUAUUUUUUUUUGUUUUCAUUAGUUAAAUUAUAGUGAGAUAAUAUAUCUAUCUCUACCCCUUACUUUGUUAUAUUGCUCAAAGCUUGUUGUACACAGACAUCACAUUUUGAUGUACAGCUGUUUUCUUUAUGUUUCUGUUGGUUUGUGCCUUUAAUGGAAUAAUAAUACAGAUGUUGAUACUGGCAAUGCUCUUCAGAUAUACAAAAAGACUAGAUAAUUCUCAAGGUUGAUAACUUAGAAAAAGGUGAAUUUUAAAAGGUCUGGUCAUAGAGACUAGAAAGAACAAUUACACUGCACUUUGAAGCUUUUUUUAAAAGUGUGUUGGCUUAAUGUUGUUAUUGUAAUGAAAACUCUUCAAUUUGUAUUUGUGCCAGCAUCAACACUCUGAAAUGAAAUAAUCAAAUUUUAUGUCCAAUUGCUGUUAAUCAUUUUUUUUUUAAAUCAAAAUUUAUAAGUUGUUUUUAUAAGUACUUGUCCAGGUCAUUAAAAACAUGCUAUUGUGCUCAUGGCCAUCACAUUUGGUGCUAUCACAGGUGAGGUUAAAAAAAAAAAAGAAGAGGACAUUAACUGAAAUGUCUGACAAUAAUAGUACUGGUAACAUUAAGUUCCUAUGAUUUAUAAAUUUACAGUUAGUACGAAACAAACAAUGGCUCAUUGUUAUGUUGUUUUUUACUGGUCUUAUUUAAUUGUUUUUAUUUUUUUUUUACUCCAUUUCUUUCUUUUUUUUUAAGAAACUGUUCUUCUGUAAUAAGACAUUCACAAGCAGAGUAUGCUUGUCUGAAUGCAUUAGGGAUUUUACUCUUAUUUGCUUUUAUUGUUAUGUUUUGGAUCUACCAUUCUAGUUAUUAGUUAGUAUUUAUAAAGAACAAUUUCUUAUGUGACCCUCAUAUAAUUAGAAGACUUGCAUGUCUGCAAUGUGAGAGUCAAAACACAUCACAUUACAAAACGUUUUCUUUAGUCAAAAAUAAAUACUGGUACAAACAUAACAUUGUGCCCCACUCCAAAAGAAAUUUCUAAUUGUAAAGUACUGGGUAUUUCAUUCCCCUUGAGAAUGUUUAUACUGGUAAUUAUAGAUAAAGAAAUGUCAACCAUCAAGAGCCUAUUUUUGUGAAUAAGAAGAGUUGGCUAUUAGGAGGAAAUAAAAAAUGUAGUCGAAUAGUUAGAUUAUAAACUGCUUAGCCAGUAGACUAUAUUGCAUUUAGCAAGUUGCUUUUUUGGUGUUGCUACAAUCAGUUAAUGUUCCAUAGAAACAUGUAAAAUGUAGUUACUGUAUUUCCAGCAAAUUUUGUUUUUGCUUUUGUUAUAAAUAUAAAUACAUUUUCAACUUUUAUAUAUUGGUAGAAUACAUGAAGCAUCCAGUCAUUUGUUUUCAAGGUUCAUUGAUUUUGAAAGUUGUAAUGCAGAAUUUUUCUUGAUGUUGUUAUAUGUUACUUCAAUAAACUAUUUCUUUCAUACAAAGUAAUAAAGCA